AUGCAAAGCCAUGAGUCAGAAAAGCCAUCAGAACAGCCCGCCCCAUCUUCUUGGUUUCUGCGGCGAGGGAAGAAGGUCUUCCAGAUCUCUGAUUUGACUACGGAGAGUACUCCGGGUCAUGAGGUCACUGACCCUGAAGACACAAGCCUUCUGCGAUCAAGCGGCAUCUUUCCUUCACGAUCACCGCUCCUCCCAUGGCAUGCAUCGUGCAUGUCAAAACGCAGCGGGGCCACACCCCCCGAUGCGCCAACGACACCCGCAGGACGAGCCCCCUCGCAUACCGGUAUCCGUAAUUUUCAAGUCACCGUUUUACCGCGAUGCGCGGCGAGCCCCUCUGAUUGGAGGGAGCCCGCCUCCGAUCUUCACACCGCGUACUGCAGCCCGCCCCGUCGCCCAGCAGGGUUUCACCGUCGAAGGCAGCCCGUUAUGUAG